UUCGCUGGCAACAGUUCAGGCACAUUUAUCAGUGCAUCAGGAGACAAAUCUGGCAUUUUAGACAUGUUAGAGAGGAAAAUUGCUAGAGUUACAAUGAUUCCAAGGAGCCAUGGGGAAAAAUUCAAUAUAUUGAAGUAUGAGGUUGGCCAGAAAUAUGAUUCUCAUUACGAUGCGUUCAACCCAGAUGAAUACGGCAUUGUUAAGAGCCAAAGGAUGGCUUCCUUUCUGUUAUACCUAUCAAAUGUUGAAGCAGGAGGAGAAACAAUGUUCCCUUAUGAGGGUGGUUUGCAUAUUGAUACGGAUUAUGAUUAUCGAAAAUGCAUUGGUUUGAAGGUUAAGCCACGACAGGGCGAUGGACUUUUAUUUUAUUCACUGUUACCAAACGGGAAAAUUGAUAAGACUUCUCUUCAUGGAAGUUGUCCAGUGAUUAAGGGAGAGAAAUGGGUGGCAACAAAGUGGAUUGAUGAUGAAGAGCAAUAGUACUACAGCAAAAAUGAUUUUAAACAACAAUGAAAUACUAUGAUCUAAAGAGUAAAAACCGUUGCAUAAAUUGUGAGUAUAGAAAUUCAUCUUCUAAAAUUUUGAAUAUUUGUAUUUUAAUAUUUAAUGAAUAUUAUAAUUUGGUAACACGAACAGUUAUGUUACUUUUGA